UGAGUUUAUACAAAAUGUAUUUUAAUUUUAGCCUACAGUGUUCAGUUACAGCAUGGAAAAAGAAAAUAGUUACAGCACUGUGUGUGCGGCAUGUUUGGAGCACCUUUCCAGUGUAAGGGGAUCUGUUAGAGAUUUAAAGGAACUAUUUAAUAUCAGUUUAAUAUACUGCAAUAGCGCCCUCUUUUGAGGCAAAGCUGUGGCUGGAAAUACCCACAUGUGUGGUCCAUGAUGAUGAGAAGAUUCGAAAAUACGAUUAUUUUGAAUUGAGAAUUUCGUAACUGUGACGAUAUCGUGAUAUUAUUUUGUCGUAUUUUUCGAAUAUUCAACAAUGUAAAAUAUGUCACGGUCCAAAGUAGAGAUUGAUAACUUUAUUAUUUCUUUCAGAAGAAAAGCAAAAAGCGAACAAGAGAUUCAACUACGUGGAUUCCAAUUUGCCACAUUUUACUGGGAAGCUAGGGAGUAUGUUCUUGGUAUAAAAUGGGCACAGAGCUACCUAGCAGUAAAGCACAAUGAUAACAGAGCUCAUAAGGUACUUGGCAACUUGUAUGAGGGGGUGAAGGAUUAUGGCAAAGCAAUUGAUUGUUACAAGAAAUCAUUGGAGUUAAAUGACACUCAAAGAGAAUUGAUACUAAGAAUUGCAUCUCUUGGUUGUACCAUUCCAAAUUAUGAUGUUGAAAAGUUGCGAUAUUGGGUUGAGAGGGCAGAACGAUUCUAUCCCACUCACAUCAAUGUUCAUAAAAUUAAGGAAAACAUUUUCCGACGAUCAGGAAAAUUGCCAGAUUAUGAAAUCUAUCUUCGAAACAAACUGGCACAAAGUAAGGGUGACUACUACCUCAACUGUAAGCUAGUGAAGCUGCUAAUAGAGAUGGAAAGACUACGAGAAGCAGUCGACCACAUUCUGCUGACACAAGACCUGGAGUCUGUUGCAGACCAGCCAAUCUGGUGGGAGAGCACAGUCCACACCUUAGAGAUUUACAUAAAGAGCAUCAGGCAAGGAGAAGAGAAAACUGCUGGUGAGGAGACUAUCAUGGAGAUGCAUAGUCACCUGUUGAUGGCACUUUGCAAGUGGAUCAUGCUUAGCUUAGCUAUGAUGGAUAAACCUCCCCAUAAUGCAGUAGUUCUUCUGAAGGGGCUUGACCAGUGCCUGUUGAGGGCCAACAGCCUCAAAAUGAAUUCUAACUGGGACUAUGUCCUUAACGAGAUGGCAAGCCAACUUUACUACUUGAUGGGCCUUCAUCUGUGCCGCAUGGCUGCUAUGAUAAUUAUCGCUUCUUGCUAA